AUGCAGGCAUUUGGAAGGCACUAUGUGGUGGUAAGGCCUCUGUAUUCCGAGGAUUCCUUUGCAGAGCAGCAUGAGAGGAUCAACAGGAGUCACAAAACUCUACAGGACCAUCUGAAAAACUAUUGUAGUUGUGAUUCAAACCGUGCAAAGAAUGUGGCCCUUUCCCUUCUGCCCAUCAUUGGAUGGAUGAAGAACUACAAGAUCAAAGAAUGGCUGUUUGGUGACAUAGUUUCUGGCAUAAGUACAGGAUUAGUGGCAGUGCUACAAGGACUUGCUUUUGCCUUGUUGGCCUCCUUACCACCUGGAUAUGGACUGUAUACUGCAUUUUUUCCUGCGAUAGUCUACUUCUUUUUGGGCACCUCCCGACACAUCUCAGUAGGGGCUUUUCCAAUUCUCAGUCUUAUGGUGGGUGCUGUUGUCACACGGCUGGUGCCUGAUGAAGGACCUGCAGUAAACAUUACUGGAUUUGAGGGGUUGAGCAUUGAAGAGCAAAGAGUUCUAGUUGCUUCCACUGUUACUUUUCUCAUGGGGGUGUUUCAGCUCAUAAUGGGGCUACUACAGGUGGGCUUCAUUGUCAUGUACCUGUCUGAUACUCUGGUGUCGGGAUUCACCACUGCAGCUGCUGUUCAAAUCCUGGUUUCCCAGCUAAGAUUUGUGUUGGGACUGGACUUUCCUGGUAUAAAUGGCCCACUUGCCAUUAUAUAUACCUUGGUGGAAGUUUUCACUCGAAUCACUAACACAAACGUGGCAGAUCUAGUGACAUCUAUUGUGAUUAUGGCAGUGGUGCUUAUUGUGAAAGAGAUCAAUGGUAGAUUUAAGUCGAAACUACCUGUGCCAAUACCUAUAGAGGUCAUCAUGACAGUUAUUGCUUGCGGAGUCUCUUUUGGAUUCAAUUUCGAAAAGAGAUUUGGAGUGGUAGUUAUUGGGGAGAUGGUGAACAGGUAUGAAUCUCCUGUUGCUCCAAAUCUGGACGUCAUUGAGCACAGUGCAGUGGAUGCUUUCUCUUUGGCCAUCGUAGGAUUUGCUGUGGCUUUCUCAGUAGCUAAAGUCUACUCUGUCAAACAUGACUACACAAUCGACGGAAACCAGGAGCUCAUUGCGUUUGGGGUGAGCAACAUUUUUGGGGCAUCUUUUCGUUCAUUUGCUGCCAGCACAGCCCUUUCGAGGACUUCCAUACAGGAGAGCACAGGAGGGAAGACGCAGAUAGCUGGUAUUCUGUCUGCCAUGAUGGUAUUGAUUGUCACUGUAGCAGUAGGAUUCCUGCUUCAGCCAUUGCCCAGGUCUGUUCUGGGUGCUCUGGUGAUUGUUAAUCUGAAAGGCAUGCUGAUGCAGGUCAAAGAGCUGCCGUUCUUAUGGAAGAAUGAUCGGCCUGAUUUUGUUACCUGGGUGGUUACCUUUGUGGCUACUAUUAUCCUGGGUCUGGAUCUGGGGUUGGCUGUGGGCAUUGCAGUCGAAUUGUUCACUGUGGUCUACAGGGCUCAAUUCCCACGAUGCUUCCUCCUGGCAAACAUCACAGGAACUGACAUCUACAGGGAUCGCAAAGACUACCUCUCUAUAUAUGAACCUGAUGGAGUUAAAAUAUUCAAAAUCCCCUCACCUAUCUUCUUUGGUAACAUUGACUUCUUCAGAGAUAACCUGGUGAAAGCAGUGAGUUUUAGUCCCCUAAGAGUUUUGAAGAAAAGGAACAAAGCCCUGCGAAAGAUCAGAAAAAUGUUGGGUAAUGGAGAACUGGUUGUGUCUGAUAGAGGCCUUCAGAUAAGACAUCAACCAUCUGCUGAAAAUUCAGAAGAUGAAAGCAACUUAGAAGGUCUGGAUCAGCCCACAGAUUUCUCUGACCUUCCAAUCCAGGUGAACUGGAACGCAGAGCUCCCUGCCAACAUCUGUGUCCCUCCUGUGAACAUUCACAGUUUGGUCCUGGACUUCUCUGCAGUCUCAUUCCUUGAUAUAUCUGCACUCAAUGGCCUUAAAACGACCCUGAAAGAGUUUAUACGAAUUGAGGUGGACGUCUAUAUCGUUUCCUGCGAUGUGUACAUCAUGGAGAAGCUUCAUCGAUGUAAAUUUUUUGAUGAAGAGAUUAAGACAUCCAUCUUUUAUCCCUCACUGCAUGAUGCCAUGUUGCACAUUCUGCAGAUGCAUCCAAAUUAUCAACAUGCAGAAAAGUUUACAAGAAGCAUUCCAAGAGUCAGCAUAACGCUGUGAAGAAGAGUAAAUUAUGAUUUGAAAACCCAAAUGAAAUACUUUACAGAUACCUCUUUAAAUCAUGCAGGAA